AAACAAAUCAUGUCAUCACAUCAUCAUGGUGAUGGCCAUCAACAUCAACAUGACCAUGGAAUGAUGACGAUGAUGACUACAUCUUCGCCUACACCACCAUCUACGAUAAUGCCCAUUGUUGAGACUAUUAUCAAUAGUAACAACAAUGGACAUCAUCAACAUGGAUCACAUGAUGAUGAAUCGAUGAUGAUGACGGCCGGUUCAAUGGACCAUAUGGGCAAAAUGUUUUUUCAUUUUGGUUACGAACCCAUCGUGUUAUUUCAACAAUGGUCAGCUGAUUCGAAUCUAUCCAUGUUUAUGACGUGCUUAUUUUUUUUUGUUAUGGCCAUCAUUUAUGAAAUUCUCAAAGCAUAUCGUCGAAUAUUUUCUGCACGUUUAGUACGUUAUACGCCUAAUACUGCUACAUCGAUAAAUGGACCAAGUGUUCAGAUUAUUCAUGAUCACAGUCAUUGUGGUGGCGAUGGUGAUGGUGAUGAUGCUCAUCAUCGAUCAGAUUUAGUUGAAUUAAAAUCCGAUGCUAUUGAAAGUGUUGUUGAUAAUAAAUUAGAUUCUACAAAUAAAAAUGAUGAUCGGCCUGAUUCAACAUCAAAAAUGGCCAAGUUUAAUCAUCCAUCGUAUGGUAUGCGAUCGACAACAACAUCAGCCAUGGAUACUGAAUCUGGUGGUGGUGGUUCAAGUAAUGGUUCAAGCAAUAGUUGUCAGGCAUCCAGUGUUAAUCCAAUUCUAACAUUUAAUAGUGCAAACACCAUACCGUUGUUUGCAUCCAUACAGGAAAUGUUUUCUCCAAUGAAUAUUUAUUCAACAUUUCUUUAUUCUUUACAAGUAUUGUUUGCCUAUUAUCUGAUGUUGGCAUUCAUGUUAUUCAAUGUUUGGAUUUGUUUAGCCAUUUUGGCUGGUGCAGCCAUCGGACAUUUCAUUCUAGCCGAAAGAAAUCAAACAUUAACCGAUCAUAAUGUUGAAGAUUAUUGCCAUUAAACAAAACAAAAAAAAAACAUUCAAUAACAAUAAAUUUUAUUGAUGUUUGA